AUGGCCAGCAGUGGAGGAUAUGGCGACGCGAAAAUCGACUACGUGUUUAAGGUGGUGCUGAUCGGAGACUCCGCCGUCGGCAAGUCCCAAAUACUGUCUCGUUUCUCCCGCGAUGAGUUCAGCCUCGACUCCAAAGCCACCAUCGGCGUCGAGUUCCAGACGCGCACCAUGGUCAUACAGCAGAAGUCCGUCAAAGCUCAGAUCUGGGACACCGCCGGACAAGAAAGAUAUAGGGCCGUCACAAGCGCUUACUACAGAGGAGCCGUUGGGGCCAUGUUAGUUUACGACAUCACCAAACGCCAGACCUUUGACAACAUCCUCCGCUGGCUGGAAGAGUUGCGUUCCCACGCGGAUAAGAACAUUGUAAUUAUCCUAAUCGGGAACAAAUGUGAUCUUGAGGACCAGAGAGCAGUCCCCACUGAGGACGCCAAGGAAUUCGCCCAAAAUGAAGGGCUCUUCUUCCUAGAAACCUCAGCUCUCGAAGCAACAAACGUGGAGGAGGCAUUCUUGACCGUUUUGACCGAGAUUUUCAACAUUGUGAACAAGAAGAACCUUGCAGCUGGUGAGGAUCGAGGGAAUGGUGAUACCGUGCCUUUGUCGGGCAAGAAGAUAGUUGUUCCUGGGCCGGGCCAGGUGAUCCCAGAAAAGAAAGGGGUGUGUUGUGGGUCGUGA